CUUUCAGUUAGUUUUCGGGAAAAAGAAAUAAAGCGCACACAAACUACAUAUCAAAACUGUGUCCUUAUUGUUCCAGGACCGCCACUGUGUGCAGGAUGCAACAAGGAUAUUUACGAUGGAACUAUUUUUCAAGUGAAAGGAAAAUGCUGGCACAAUGAUUGCAUUAGGUGUGUAGUUUGCCGGAAACUUAUCACUGGAUGUUGUCAUAUGAAAGACAAUGAGUUGUACUGUAGAACAGACUUUACACGCUUAUUUGGAGCCAAAUGUUCGGGCUGCAGUGAGAUAAUUUCACCAUCAGAGGGCGUGCAUGUUGCCAACAGUAAUUUAUACCACAUAGAAUGUUUCUCGUGCAUCACGUGCAGAUGUCGACUUCAGCCAGGUCACUAUUUUUACAUGAAGGAUGAUGGGAAGUUACUAUGUUCAUCAGACUAUCGGAAUCUCCUCUGUAAAGAUAGUGCGGACACAGACAGCGGCUCCGACGAAUCCGGAUCAGACGACACCGACACACGACAUCGCAUGUUUUUCAAUGACAACCAACUGCGCAUGCUCACAGCAGCGUACCAGUCAAACAAGCGUCCGUCCCGCAGUUUAAUGAAACAGAUCAGUGGAGAAAGUGGACUCAGUGUAAGAACUAUUCAAAUCUGGUUCCAGAACCGUCGGGCAAAGGAUAAAGCUCUGCAAAAGAAAACCCAGGCAAAUAAUUCAAACAAUUUCAACAACAUCAAAAUCAUGCAAAAUAGUAAUCAAUUUCAGCAGCAAAAUCAGCCGUACAGCCAAAAGACAUUACAUUAUGAAUAUGAAGGAUCGCUUGAGAAUUAUCAGUUAUAUUGCCCCUUAGAUUUUCUAGUUCCAAAUGAAAUGCCGCCAAAUGUCGAUUUGUCGUCUGCGGACAUAUGUAACGGCGAGGUCAUAGCAGGGAAACGUGACUCUAACAGCUUCCCUGUGCCACAGCAGACGCCUCAGUUCCUGCCAGACGGAAUUCAACACUGGUUGACUGUGUAGAAUAAAUAGUUUUUAAAUCUUUACCUCAUGCGUUUCAGACAAAGUCUGCUAAAAGUUCGGCGCUUAACAGUAAAUCCAUUAUAUGUUUCUAUUGAAUUCAACAUUUCAUCACUUCAAAGUCGUAACAUAUAACACAUAUAUUGAAAACGACAAAACAAGUUGUGGACA